AUAAUGAGUGAAAUGAAUGGAAGGAGGCGUUAGUAACUUCAAGUUGCGGAUAAAAUUAUUAUAACAACUAUUAUGAAUGUAUUUUUAUUAUACUAGUUACGCCAAGAAUAUUAACAUGACGCUCCCCUGAAAUUAAAUUCUAUUCAAGGAAGUUAAUUAAAUAAGUGACACAGAAAAAGUAAACAACGGGGGCUACAUCUAGAUAAAGCUCUGCUGUUCGGUAAAACACGCUAGAUCUAAUAACUUGACCAAAGUAUUAUGCCAUGGCGUUUCCUCAGCCUAGACCUCAGGCUCCUCAGCUUCCUCAGCAUCUGCUCAGGACCAUAGACUGUCAGCAAGGAGCAGUGAGGGCUGUUCGCUUCAACGCUGACGGGAACUACCUGCUGUCCUGUGGCAGUGACAAAUCUCUAAAGCUGUGGAGUGUGAGCAGAGGGACCCUGCUGAAGACAUACAGUGGCCAUGGAUACGAGGUUUUGGAUGCUGAUGGUUCCUAUGACAACAGCCAGAUUUGCUCCUGCAGCUCUGACAAGACAGUGAUACUGUGGGACGUCGCCACAGGCCAGGUCGCACGCAAACUCAGAGGUCAUGCCGGGAAAGUCAACUGUGUCCAGUUCAAUGAGGAGGCAACCGUUAUCUUGUCUGGGUCCAUAGAUGGGACAGUUAGGUGCUGGGACACCAGGUCCAGAAGAUUUGAGCCCAUCCAGGUUCUAGACGAGGCCCGGGACAGCGUCAGCAGCCUGAAGGUGGCACAACAUGAGCUGCUUACUGGAUCAGUGGACGGCAGAGUGAGGCGCUACGACCUGAGGAUGGGACAGCUGCAUGUGGACUUCAUCAGCAGUCCCAUCACCUGUGUGUGUUUCAGUCAAGACGGUCAAUGCACUCUGAGCUCCAGUUUGGAUUCAACAGUCAGACUUCUGGAUAAGAGCACAGGGGAAAUGCUAGGAGAGUAUACAGGACAUAAGAUGAAGGGCUACAAGCUGGACUGCUGUCUGUCCAGUAAAGACACGCAUGUCCUGAGCUGCUCAGAGGACGGACACGUCUACUGCUGGGACCUGGUGGAGGGGUCUUUGUCCUUGAAGCUGCCAGUGGGAAAAGCUGUUGUCCAGUCGCUGUCCUUCCACCCCACAGAGACCUGUCUCCUCACGGCCAUGGAGGGACGUGUCCAGGUGUGGGGGGCAGAACCAGAGGAGACAGAGGAGGAUGCGAUGGCCACAUAGAGACGGUGAAAUCUGUAAAAAGCUGGCACAAAUAAUAUAAAGACAACACAGAUGUCACAGAUGUACAGACAAUAUGAAAUGGAUAUGAAUCUAAUAGUAAUUCAUUAGUGAAUCAUAAGAGUUAGCUAAAUGAUCUUGGACUUGGAUUUUUGUAUGUGUGCGAAACUUUGUUAUAUUUUUAUACAAAACCUUGAAUAAACAUUUUCUUGU